AUGGCCGUCACAAGCCGAAUACAGUUUCCUGCUCUCCAGAACUCGGUUUCCGCGCUCUCGAUUCUAUCCCCACGAUGGGCCGCAUCCGAUAUUGUUUCAAGAGACCGAUUCUUUUCCGCAUCGGCGUCGCCAGCUGCUGACCAAUCACCAAGAUCGACGGCUGCUGUGGAUCCGUCAGUAGAAUCCGCGGUAGCAGCGGAGGAGGCGGGAGGCUGGCGAAGCCACGCGGAGGCGUGCAGUCGAUCGCUCCGGCUGCACGUAGCGCCAGCGAAAAAGAACCUUCUGGGAGUUUUUCAAGAGUGCCAGACGGCGGAGGAGGCCGAAGCUUCCUUGCAGAUGCUGGCGCGAACGAGGCUUGAGAACGCAGCCUAUCGCAAGCAGACGGCGAACUUCAACGACGAGGUGUCGCUGGGCGUCGUGAGAGCAUGCAUCCGAGCAGGCGUGCCACAUAAAGCUUUGGUUGCCAUUUCCCCAACCAAUCCGUUUGGCUUGACGCCAUUGCUGGGAGCUGCGCAUCUGAUUAUGAAGCAUGCUGCGUCAGCCAAGGAUAACUCUCUCCUGCUCUCAGCUUAUAGUCAAAUGGGGAAGGCGAAAAUUCAUCCAUCACCCACCACCGCAGACAUUGUCAUCAGGUAA